AUGGACCCCAAUGAAGCACCUGCUCUCCACCACUGCUCUGCUGACUCUUCCCCAGGGAGUGAGGACAGAGUCCCCCAGAGCACAGAACUCAUUCCCAGGAGACCUGUCAGUCGCUCUCCAACCUGUGCCCGCUGUCGUAACCAUGGUGUCACAGCCCAUCUCAAGGGCCACAAGCGCCUCUGCCUCUUUCAGGCUUGCGAGUGUCACAAGUGUGUCCUUAUCCUGGAACGUCGGAGAGUCAUGGCUGCCCAAGUGGCCUUGCGUAGGCAGCAGGAGGCUCAGCUAAAGAGGCACCUGGCUCAGGGCCUGAUGAAAGGGACAACCCCCCUGAAAGCUCCCCUCCGUGUCAAGAAGGGAGCCAUUCGACCAGGGGUCCCUUCUGGAAAGGAGAACAUAGCACCCCAGCCUCAGAGUCCCCAUGGAGCAGUCCCACUGGUGCUGACACCCCCUGGGAAGGAGAACUAUGGGCCUCUGCUGCUCAGCCGCCCCCAGGAAGCCUUGCCUUUGCCCUGGACUCCAGUGCCUCCUGGGCCUUGGGGCCCUGGACACUGGCUGCCACCAGGCCUCUCAAUGCCACCUCCAGUAGUGUGCCGCUUGCUGUGCCAGGAGCCUGCUGUCCCUCUGCAUCCCUUCCCUGGCUUUGACCCUGGCACGUCUCUCCGGCUGCCCACUCAUGGAACCCUCCCAACCUGCCCAGGAUCUCGCUCAGUGCUGGCAGCUCCACUUUCUGGAGAGCCCCAAGGACCCCCUAACCUGCCUCACACAUGUUCAACUCUGAUACUCCAGUCCUGCGGAGCCCCAGACUCUCUCCUGCUACAGCCACAGGCCCCUGGAACCUCUUGCCUGGCCUGGACAUCUGGCCCCUCAGAGCGGCAGUUACAGCGAGAGGCAGCUGAGGCCCUUGUAGGUCUGAAAGAUUCAUCCCAGGCUCCCCGCCUGACCCCAUCUGUCCCCCCAAACCCUGCCUGGAUCUCUCUGCUCCACCCCUGUGGCCCACCAGCUCCUCCUGGGGGAAGAGGAUUCCAGCCUGUUGGCCCACCUCUCAGGCCCAGUCCAGCUUCCUCUGUCUCUCUGCACAUUGGGCGUCUGGGAUCCAUCUCCCUCCUCAGCUAG